AUGCCCGAAUCAGCUUCGAACGGGGAGGCCUUGGCAGCCGUACGCGAGGGAAUCGACAAGGAGGCGCCCGACUCCCUCAAGGCCAGCAUUUCUGCGCGACUCAAGCAGGAGUCAGGUGAUGGCGCGGAGCAGAUAGAUUGGGAUCGCUUCCUCUUCCUCUGCACACAGGAGUAUCGCAAAGCUCGAUGCAUCGCGUUGCAACGGAAGCAACGACCGAGCCAGGGGCUGCUCGCGAGCUUCUCCCAGCGGAUCUCCAACACCUGGGGCAUCAGCUUGCCGGAAGCCUUCAGCCACUUUGAUGUGGACGGCAGUGGGGUGGUCUCCUUCGAGAACUUUGCUCAAGUUGUGGCCGACGAGCUUGCCUACACUGGCGCCCCGAAAGAACUCUGGGACCUCCUGGAUGUUCAGGGCAAAGGAAGCUUGGAGGCCGAGGAGUGGGCCCAGCUCGAUGCAUCUUCUGACCAGGUGGAGGAAGGCGCGGAGACCGAGGAGUCCAGUCUUCCUCCUGGCUGGGAUACCGACCUUGGCCCAGAGGAGAGCCAGGCAAUCCUGAACGAAGCCCAGGAGGUGUCGGCGCGGCUCGCGAACUCCCUCGCCGAGCGUGGGGCCGGCCCAGCCGACCCCAAUGAGGUCUUUGGCUGGGCUCUUCGGGUGGUUCUGAAACGCCAUGGUCGACCUCUGCCUGACGCGCAGCGCUCUCCCUCCACGCCAGGCCUUGGCAGGGGCAUGGAGAAGCCGCGGGAUGCUUCCGCCUAUGCCAGCCUGGAGGAUCUGGGCCAGGCGUGGUCCGGGUUCCAUGCCGACCGGCCAGCGCAGACGGUGGAAGCCGUUGAAGGAGACGAGGAGCAGAAGGACCUGGAGGCCACUGUUCGGAAGCAGCUCUCCCAAGCUACCGAGGAGCUUGUUUGGGAGGCAAUUGCGCAGGCGACUGGUGGCGGCCAGGACGAGGAGCUGGCAAGCGUAGCCGAGGUGCUUCUCAACGACUUCCUGCUCGUCACCGAUGCUCUGAUGGAAGCUCUGGUCUCAGGAAGCAUCGAGAGCUGGCUGAUGACUCUUGGCGUGGAGACCCCGGGAACCGAGAGCCAGCAACAGCAGUUCCAGGCUCUGACAGAUGAGCUGCAGACAGUGCUUACCACUGAGGGCGCAGAGAAUAGCGAGGACUCCGUGGCCCACGUCUGCCGCCUCACCGUCGCCGCGCCAGAGCUCCAGGAGCUUUGCACGGCGCGGACGGCCGAGGUCUUGCAGGAGCAGGCUCCCCACCGGAUGCUGACUCCGAGCAGGCUGGAGGAUGUCGAGCCAACCGAGGAAGCCCCGGCCUCCAGAGUCGACUUCUCGGACGACGCCCCAGAGACUCCCAACUUCGCAGAGGUUGAGGAGAACCUAGUUCUGGAAAACGAAGCGCUCCCGGAGGCACAGCUGGAGGACACGGAGGGGGCGAUCCCAGAGGCGGAGGCAGAGGCUCUUCCUGAAGCUGAAGGGCCACCACUGCCAGAGCAAGCUGAGGAGGCACAAGAGCUGGGCGCCCUGGAGGCUGAUCCGGGCUCUUUGGAGGACUUGGAGGCGCACAGAUCAUCCUUCUGGGUCCACGGCUUUGUCCAUGACCAUUGGCUGACUGAUGCGCGGGCGUGGCUGCAGGAUGUGUGGGGUGGCCGUACCAGCUUCGUCUACCACGCGCGAGCCGUCGCGUGCGCGUUUUGUGGGCGGCGUUACUUCCCAGCAUCCCUGCGGCUCCAUGAGGAGAGGUGCGCUGCGCGCUGGAGCCAAAGCAGGUCACCGUCGGCGUGGCAUGAGUGGCCCGACACGUCCAGCAUGCCGCUCGGGGAGAGCCCCGGGCUGCGAUCCAUGAGCGCGCGGACGGAGACAGACGCCUCCACUUCCUACGUGCGCCCUACGGGCCCUGCAAGACUGGUCUGCGACUUCGGGGACUCGAUGACUUCCGGCUCGAAAACCGACGAGGAGGCAGAGUUGGAGCAGCAGGACGAGUUCGCCGAUGAGCCUUGCGAGCCUUGCGUGGCCAACAAGGCACCGAGGCCGCCAUCUCACUGCGACGAGUCCACAGACACGCCUGCAGACAUUGAUCUGGGUGCACACAGCACAACUCACAGCACCUCAUGCUCCGACACCUUGGCGUCGGACGACCUGCGAGCACCUCAAGUGCCUUGGCCCCAGAAGCUGCUUUUCGCCAAAAGCACAAGUGAUACAAGUGGGCCAGCGGAGACGGCAGAGAGCAUGACGGGCAUGACAAAGUGGAGGUUUCCCGACGCGAAGGCCACGAAGGUCAGCACGGAGAAGGUGUUGCAGCACCGCAGCGCGUCGCAGCCUUGUCGUGGACGUCCUGAAGCCCGAAGACCACAGGGGCGUCCUGAACCCAAGAAGGCUGCACCUGCAAAGCCUGCGGCAAAGCCCGCCGCCAAGUUGAAGGCAGCAAGGCCAGCACAGCCGAAGCCAGCGGAGCUCCGAUCGAGCAAAGCAAAGGUUCUCCAGGAUGCUGCGACGCAGACGGCCACAAAGCCGACAAAGCGCGAUGCUGCAUCACAGAGGCCGGGCAAGGCCUCUGCAAAGCCGACCCGGAAAUGCGGUUCAGCGAGCACAGGCGGUGGCACGGUUCCUCCCAAAACCGCUCGGCCCAAGACUCCUCGCAGCCGGGGUGUCGCUGGUGUCGGCGUUCGCAGCACAAGCGCAAAGCCAAGCGCGAAGCCAAGCGCAAAUGCAAAGCCAAGCACAAAGCCCACACGGUGCACGCGGCCAUGGAAGAUGAACCGCUCCUUCUCGGCACCCACCAUCUCCGCUACUCAGAAGUCCAAGGCCCCGAGGCGGUCUCGGUCUGCUGGGCCACAGCCACUCCAUCGGCGCUGCGAUCGCUGCGUGGCCUGUCUGAUGGCUGAGCUUCGCUCCGUGUGGCCCAUGGGGCCUCGAAGCAACAGCAGCGGCGGCUGCUGGUGCUGCGCACGAGCGAAGUCACCGAAGUCGAAGCCUAGACAAACAAGACCACCUUCCCGGAGCUGUAGUCGCUCCCGUCGCCACUCGGAGUGGAGAGAGCAGAAGGAGGCAGAGGAGGAGGAGGCGCAGGAGAAAGUGGAGGACAAGGCGGAGAUGGAGGAGGAGCAAAGUUUGGAGCAUCGCGAGUCAAGCGAGCCGAGCUCGUCUCAGGAGGCGGUCGCCCAGCUCAAGCAGGGCCAGGCAGCUUGCCUAGACGGAGCCGUGCAAACCGACAGCUGCCGCACAGUGUGCCCUUGGCGCCACGCUGAGCAGCGUCAUGCAGAAAAUUCAGAAUUUGCAGGGUUUCUUGUACAGCAGAUACCAGAGGUGGAAGGACUCUCCAUGUCUGGCGACAUGGACCGAAGCUUGCCAUGCAUCCCGCCAUCCUGGAUGUGUGUUCAGGAGAUCGUGGAGAUUGUGGGCAUUAGGCAGUUUGCCUUUGGUGGCAUCCUCCCAGAGAAGCAAUCGCUGACCCAAGCCGAGAGCACCAACUCCCAUCGACUGGUCGCCGCGCUGACACAGGUGCCGCAGCCAGUUGUGGAGGUGAAGGUCAAGCGCAAGCAAGAGCAAGCAAUGAGCCGACGGAGCCACCGAGACCCGGAGCAGCUCCGGGGUCUGAACUGA